UGCUGUUAAGCGCAGUCAACCGGACGGCAAAUUCCUGUCCGAAGUGGGUAUUGUCUCAGUUAGAUCAGUGAACACAUGCGAGAAAAAUUCCAGCAGUCAAUCACAAUCAAAAGCAAUGCUACAUUGACGGGCAAAAGACGGAAUUUUCUAGAUCACCGAGUCCCGUAUAAAUAAACCCUGUCCAUUCCCCUGAAUCCUGCCCUUCCGCAACCUGUAUAACAUCCUAUCAUUAAGAUUCAAUUAUUUCGGAUUUCAACCAAAACAAGUCCAUUCAUUCACAAUGAAGUUCCUCGCUAUCUCUUCUCUCGUCGCAGCAGUUUCUGCUCUGCCCUCCGUGCCUGCCCCUAAGGCUCACAACGACCCCAAUGCCUUCGGUGUCGUCGCCGCUCGUUCCGCCUCCCCGAUUCACUUCCUCACUCUGAACGCUGCUGGCUCCCACUUCUACCUCGGCGGCAAGGCCUCGACCUACUGCCCGGAGAACGUCCAGAAGCUGGGUGCCUGCCCCCCGGGCAAGGAGACCGUCCUUCUCGGCGAUAAGUACCUCGAUGUCACCGUCCCCGGCGGCCAAUCCAUCUACGUCGACCCCAAGGGCGCCCUUUCCUUCACCGUGCCUCACUCCGGCUACACCCCUCCCGGCUCUUCCACGGACGGCUUCUCCUACAAGCCCGGCAAGAACGGCGCUCUCGGCAGCUGGAGCUACAAGCAGGGCCUGAUGGCCUGCCCCACCACCAACAGCACCAUCGUGCCGGGCAACCCCAAGUGGCAGGUGUUCGCCGCCACUCAGAAUGCUACUGUGCCCACCGGUAACGUGAGGGACUGCCUCGGAUUCUCGGCCAUUGCUGCGCCUUACAACGGCACCGCCGCCGCCUGGGAGUACAUCUAAGCUCACUUCUGUGAUUCUUUCGCGGAUAAAUGUCCAAAGACUGGUGUAUAUAAACGGAAGCCCUACGUACAGCACAGAGGCUAAGGAUGUGAAUAUGGAAGGAGGCCAUGUCAAAUAACUUAAUUGAGUCGAGGUUUUUAUGUAUUAUACGCCUACUUAUUUUCAUUCAAUAUGAGCGAAACCGGGCGAGAGCUACGCAUGUC